CUCCACAAAGAUUAUUUUUGAGAGGUGUUAUUCUUCUUGCCACAAUACCACCACCUACGGCUUACAGGACACGGAUGGAUGGACUACUGGGGAUCGGAAGGGAGAAGAGAGCGGUGAAUGGUAUUCUUCACAAUGCUGCAAAGCAGAGGAAGGGGUUGGUAGAAGAGGUAGAAGAUGGGAUCGUGCCAAGGCCUGAUUCGAGUAUUGGUGGGGAGGAAGAGGAUGAAAAAGAGCAAAAACCCACGCAAGCUUCAGGACUACUUUGUGCAAUCUGUCGUAUACGACCAUCACCAUAUACAUGUCCUCAAUGCAAUAUCCCUUAUUGUUCGGUAACGUGUUUUCGUCAUACAAAACAUGAAAGAUGUUCAAAACCUUUUAUACAACAAGCAUUAGACGAAGAAAGACAUGCAAAGGAAGAUGAAGGUGAUGGUGAAAAUGCUUUUGUCGAUGAAGAAGAACGUGAAAAGAUGAUGGACGUUUUGAGAAGAAUACAAAAAUUGGACAUGAAUGUCAAACAGGCUUCUUCACAAACCCGAAAACCACAAUUAUACAAUCCUCAUGAGACUAGCGAGGAUUCAGGAGACGAAGAAGACGAUGACGAAUCCGAGGAGUAUGAAUGGGAAGAUGUUCUGCAAACAGCUGUGAGGGCAGGCAUAGAUCUAGAGACUGCAAAUACGCAAGAAUUGUUGGCCAUGCUGAGUGCCGAAGAACGAGAGCAGUUCCAAGCGAUGAUUCGACAGGCUGAAAUGAAUGGCGGUCGUCUUGCAGGAGGCAAUGAGCUCAGGUCAGAAGAAGAAGAAGGAGAAAAGCAAACGAGCAUUGCAGCGAAAUGGUGGAGCGUGUCUGAUGUUAAUUGCACAGAUCAGAAAACGCCUGAAGUUUCCGACAAAUUUUCCAAAGAUGUUCAAGCAAUCGUCCAGGGGAUGCAGGGCAGACCUCAAGGGAGAGAGUUACAAUGGAACAUCUUGCUUGUUGCUUUGAGCUAUGUCUACAUUCUCAGACAUGUGGACGUAGAUGAUCUUGCUGGUUUGCAGAACGAGAAGGUGGAAGAACAAACCGAACUUACCUUCAUCCGAAAACUCUUCUCUCAGCUCGUGCCAUUCUUGAUCACCAGUAAGUCCCACGACAAGAAUGAUGAUUUGUCGCGAACUAUUCUGAGCAAUGGAGAGGAUGUGACGCUGUGGCUUCUUGCCAGAUUGGGUGCAGAUGCUGGAGAAAAGCCGGCAGAAAUGAUGCAAUUCUUAUUCAAGGAAGUCCAACAGCCUUUCCUUCCAAUUUCAAAGUAUCGCCUCAAAGGCUGA